CCCUUAUGAUGCUUUGCGCUGGAAUCUCCACCUCUAACUCAUGGCGGCGGUGGUAGAGGCGGUCAAGUGUUUUUCAUAGCACCCGUGAAAGCUCGAGGUUUGGGAUUCCGUGUGCCUUUGUUUGUGCUGUCUGCGGAGCAACGUGCGGUGCCUGGUGGGGAGCUUUUCUGUGCGCUGCGAGGGGAGAGAAGGGCCGGGUAAGUCCCGAAACGCUGCGGGAGAGUCUGCAUCUCUUCCUUCAGCGCCAUUUUGUAGCAGCGAGGAGGUUCCAAACACAAGAAAACGGCAGAGCUCAAGAUGACUAAUGAGGAACCUCUUCCAAAGAAGGUUCGCCUCAGUGAGAAUGACCUGAAGAAUCUCUCAAGAGAUGAAUUGUGUCUAAGAUGGAAACAACAUGAAGCAUAUGUUCAGGUUCUGGAGGCGAAAUAUGCAGAGCUGAACUCAAAUGAUGUCACUGGUUUGAAGGAGUCUGAAGAGAAACUUAAACAGCAGCAGCAGGAGUCUGCAAGAAGGGAGAAUAUCCUUGUCAUGCGGCUUGCCACAAAGGAGCAGGAAAUGCAGGAGUGUACUAACCAGAUUCAGUACCUCAAGCAAGUCCAGCAGCCCAGUGCAGCUCAACUGAGAUCUACUAUGGUGGACCCUGCCAUCAACUUGUUUUUCCUUAAAAUGAAGAGUGAACUGGAACAGACUAAAGACAAACUGGAGCAAGCCCAAAAUGAACUCAGUGCCUGGAAAUUUACACCUGAUAGCCAAACGGGCAAAAAGUUGAUGGCCAAAUGUCGGAUGCUUAUACAGGAAAACCAAGAAUUGGGGAGACAGCUUUCCCAGGGACGAAUCGCUCAGUUAGAGGCAGAGCUGGCUUUACAGAAGAAAUACAGUGAGGAGCUUAAAAGCAGUCAAGAUGAGCUGAAUGAUUUUAUUAUUCAGUUGGAUGAAGAGGUGGAGGGAAUGCAGAGCACAAUAUUGGUCCUGCAGCAGCAGCUAAAAGAAACCCGCCAGCAACUUGCCCAGCAAGAUCAACAGCAAUCCUCUGCACCUGGCACCAGCAGGACUACUGAGCAGUCUGGUCAGGCAGAUGCUCGAGUGGCCAAUGGACCAAGCAAUAGCGGCCAGCUCCAGAGGACUUCGGUGUCGGGCGUUUAUAGAGAAGUCAGUAGCACCGAGGAGGAUUUUCCUUCCUCGCCUGGCAAUGGGAAUAAACUUUCCAACCACUCGGAAGAGAGAUCAAGCAGAGGGGGGGUUAGCUAUGCAAACCCAUUGAGUGCUGGUUACGAGAGUGUCGACUCUCCGACUGGCAGUGACAAUUCACUUGCACACCACUCAAACGAUACUGAUUCCAACCACGAUCCUCAAGAGGAGAAGUCAGUGAGUGGGAAAGGUAACAGAACUGCAAAUUCUCGCCAUGCCCACAAUGGUUUGGACUCGACUGUCAAUGCACAGAGUACUGUUUCGUAAUGUCAUUUAUAUUCAGCCAUUUUAUAUGAUGUGUGUAUACUUAAAUGUGCAUCUGCAGUUUUGUUAAGCUGACUGAGGAUGCUGUUCAGAUGUUGUUGGGACUAGUGUUGAAGUAUAAAAUGAAACUUUUUGUUUCUCUUCCCUUGCCCAUGUGAUUCCUUUGCCACAGUUUAAAUUUUAACUUCGUUCAAUUUUCUUAAAAAAAAAAAUGUAGAUUUGAGUUAUUUUUUUAUGAUUUAACAAAAGUUUUCAACUCUGUUCAAGCCUGUAAAAUAUUUUGUAUAUCCAGUGGUGGUGGCUAUGGGAUUGUCUAUAUACUUUAUGACCUACAUUACUGCACUCUUCAUGAGGAACAUCAUCAUUUUCAUGCUUCAGAGAAAUUGGUGUGCUCUGCUUUAUCUACAUCACACACUGGGGGGGCGGGGGGGGGGGGGGGGGUUGCGUUUUGUGUGUAGUUUUUUAACAAAUGUGUACAUCUUUAGGUCUGUGUCACUCUUUUUUUAAACUUCCCUCCCCUUUCCCUGCUGGUGAAAACAAAUGUUUUACAAGUUGUCUGUAUGUAAGCAGUUUCUAGGAAAUGUUCCCUGUUCAAGGCAUAAUACUCUUUUCCUGUACUGACCAAACUUAAAUAAAAGACUUUUAACAUUG